GCCAAAAAUAUGGCGUUAGGUAAACCAGCAGUCGAUGACAACAGACUCAGCUCCACUGUUUUUACUGUCCCUGAACACAGUUGGGGUAAGAAUGUCCGGACUGAGAAGGAGCCAGUAUAAAAGCCCCGUCCGUCCUAUUGCUCUGCUCAGUUACGACGAAACAAACGGUGCCGUUAUCGCAUUCCACACAUUGAAACAUUUAUUAUAAGGAAAUUGCAUGACGCUAACAGUUAAAUCACUCUAUAAAUCGAAUACUAAAACACGAGUUCAAGUUGAAAUUUGCAAGCAAAUUGAUCGGAAAGUUUGAAGAGUUCGUUAAAAACAUCAGCAAUGGAAGGCUUAAUCACGAAUCAACUGUCGAAGGCCCGAAUCUCGGGUGUUGUCUUCACCCCCGAGGACACCAGAAAGAUGACUAGAUACUCGCUGGCUGACGCAAUGACCGAGAAUGAAACCACGAUGGACUAUCACAUUAGAACUGUCACGGCCGAUGCUAAGCCCAAAGUUUUGGCUUUUCUCAGGCGCUUUUUCUUUCGUGAUGAACCAUUGAAUCACAGCAUUGGACUCAUUCCCGAGGGGGAGAACAGCACUUGUGUGGAACUCGAGGAGUACUCCAUGUCUUCGCUGGACCAGAAUUUGAGUCUCAUGGCGGUAGCGUCCAGCGGAGCUAUCGUCGGGGUGCAGAUCAAUGGCAUUACGGAACCACCCGAGGAGGAGGAGCCCGACUACAUAAACACCUGUGCAAAUCCGAAAUUCAAGAAAAUCCUGAAGCUCCUGCACCACGUGGACAAAGAGGUGGACAUAAUAAACCGAUAUCCAGGUAAGAAAAUCAUGGACAUCCGGAUAAUAUCGGUGGACAGUAACUGGAGGGGUCAGGGUGUAGCAGCAGCUUUAUUCGAAAAAACUAUCGAGAUAGGCAGGGAGUUGGGUUACGACCUCAUCCGCACUGACUGCAGUUCUCACUUCACCGCCAGGCUGUGCAAGAGACUCGGUUUCGAGGAGAUUUAUUCACUCGGGUAUGUGGAUUACGUUGAUGAGAGUGGAAAACCUGUAUUCACACCUGCUACACCGCACGCCACUAUCACAACAUAUGUACGAAAGCUCUAGGCUACGAUUUAUCUAUUUAUUGAUCUAUGGAGUGAUCAGGCGAUGUGAUAAGAUUAUUCAAGUCAAAUGUGUAAAUUUCUGUAAUUAGAGCUGCAAUUUGGGGAUGAGUUGUUUGUGGGAAAUGUCAGGAUUGUGGAGAGGUUCUCCUGAUGAUUGAUUUCUUGCAAAAUUAGUCACUAGUGAGAUAAUUAAGUCAUUAAGGAAGAAAAUUAUUUCAGGAAUCAUUCGACGUUCUGAAAAUAUCAAUGGAAAGAGGUUUUGAGAAAUUUAUAAAUUACAAAUAAUUGAUGUAAAAUGUGGGAGAAUAUUUUUUGAAUUUCUUUUCUGUAAACUUGAUAGUUCCAGAGAUAUUUUCGGCUGUCAAUUCAUUCGACAAUCGAUUAUUAUUUAGAUGUUCUUCUUAGACAUUAUGAAUGAUGGCACUCAUUUCCGCUCAUUUAUCGUUCUAAUUACGCAGAUGUGAUAUCCCUUCCAUCAUUUUACCACCAAAUUGUUCAACUGAAUUAGUCUUUAAAAAUGAAAAUUUAACGUAUCAUUGUCAUUUAUAUUUUUACAUGUAUUGAUAUUCGUUUUGAUAAGAAAAUAAAUUAAUUGAAAUGUU